AUAGUAAAACAAGUCUACGGUUUAUGUUAUUGGAGCAUAGGAAUCAGAAAAAAAAAAACGUUCGUUGCGUAAAAAGUCUUCAGAAAUAUGAGAAGGUGCGUCGAAAACUGCUGUUUUUUUAAAGUUUUGCCUCCGUUUGUAACGAGCUGUUUUUAUUUGGUAGUGUUCCUAACACAGUAAGGUCGCUUACUAGGUGAACCGAGGAAAUCACUGAAGGGCUUCUAUUAAGGAGGGGGCAGGGGGGUUACGAGCAUCCCUUUAGCCAAAAUAACCCGUAUCCCCUGCGUUAAUUUAAUCUUCCAAAUGUUAACAAUUCUCCUACUUUAUAUCCCGGGAUAUCUAUUCUAAAUGUCCCGUAUCCCAUUACCUUUUCCCUUAAAUAUCCUGUUUCCCGGAGCUCCCGAUAGUGAAGUUUGGAAGAUUCUUGAAACAUAACUCUUUGUUAAGAAUCACAACAGUCAUUGUGACGAAAUCAUCCCACUCCUCCCACUAAGUUCCUGUUGUCUUCGCCGAAGUCUCCGACGUGUUAGUUUUUUCCGUGUUAAAACAAAUAUAAGGGCUUAAAUUUCUUGUUUUUGACCUAUUUACUUAAGAUUGCAAUUAAUAAAAGUGAGCAUAAACAUUCUUAUCUCCUUUACGCCUGUUCUGGCAACUGUAGUCGAUAAGCGAUGAUCUGGUUUGAUAAUCGAUGAUCUGGUGUGAUAGUGAUUAUCGCCCGUGGCGUAUAACCCAGCUGUCAGUGUAUCAUAAACACUUCUUAAUAACUCCUCGCUUGCUUUAAUAAAUUAAUCCGGAUCAGCAGGCUGCCAAUUAGUUUCCUGAGGUGCACAACGCAGCGAUAUUUCAUACAACUCUGCGCUGAGAAUUGAAUAAAGUCGACGAAAUAUUUUUCGGACAAACUUCAACGCCGCAAGGUAUGAAGCUAUAUUUACGAAGGCUAUUUCAUAUACAAAUUAGCAACGCAUCUGUCCGCUUGGUGUUUCCUAACCCCCUGCUAAGACCAUCAAUGCGGCACAACCUAAUAAGAAAGGAGGUCGACCCGUAUAGCCUUCGGCACGUAGAUAGCUCACAAUUUGUUAACAACAGUCCCACGAGUUGUGUUCUCAAUCAGAUUUUUUCGCUAAACAAGGUAUCAGCGUAAAGUCUCAGUCUUCUUAGCAUGUUUGCUGUUCACUCCAGUCGCCAAGAAGCUAACGGUCUCGACACAAGCGCGUUUCGGUUCCCGUUCAUUGGAGACGAGAACGAUUUAUGUCAGUUGCCGCGUUCACAACUUGAACCGCAGACAAAAGUACUUCAUAGAACGAUGCCCAAAGACCUGAAGCUAGAUCAGUCUGUGAAAGAAAAAGUCACAGAAAGCAAAAAGCCAAGAAGAAGCAGUACAGAUGAAGAUGAAGACGAAGGGACAGAGUCCAAAGAAGCUCGAAAUCUCACCGAGACGUUUGUGGCCGUUAUCGCUCAAGGGAUUUUGAGUGUGCCAUCCAAGCGCAUGACCUUGAGCUCCAUUUACAGUUUCAUCGCCAAAACAUUUCCGCACUUUGACAAAGAGAAAGGACCAGGCUGGCGGAAUAGUGUGCGACAUAACCUGUCCAGUAACGACUGCUUCGUGAAGGCGAGCAGAGCGGAGAAUGGAAAGGGGCACUAUUGGAUGAUUCACCCAAAAGACUUACCUGAGUUCGCCAAAGGGAAUUAUCGAAGACCGAGGAAACCUCGCAGACCCAGAUGCAGCCAUGCUCUAGGAUGCACUACAGAUCGAGGUGUGCUUGGUUUACCUCUAACUGCAAGUCUAUUUCCUUACCCGCAUCACAAACCGUCUGCAAGUUUGGACCUCCCUAAGCCGCACCCUUCAAGUGAGCCUUUCUCGCACCCAUUUGGAGUAACACCAAACAGGACUCCAUUAAUCCCUGCGUCGUCAAGGUAUGACUUCUACUCAAGAGAAGCGGACACCGCUCGUUUCCCUCUGAAUCAGUUCCAUGGCUUCUCUUCCCCUCCCCCACCGUACGGACUCUUCUGGCAGGAUAACCCCGCUUUCAGGAAUUACAGCUCACACUUUCAGUCAUCUACGUUUCAUCCGUACUUGUAUAUGUCUCAGGUCUCGCAGUCAGAAAAUACAAUAGGCCUCAAUUACGCUUAGAACAUCUCCACGUUAGUGCCUUUACUUGUGAAUACAACAAUUGCACGCUUACGUUUAGAACUUGAUAUUUUUCGAAAAUAAAAGAUAGUCUUGACACAAAAAAGUAAAGUAGCUAGCAAAUACGACUGGCUGAAUUAUAGAAAGUCGUUGCGGACAAAGCGCACUAGAAUCAUAGGGUCAUUAAUAGGCGAAUUCGUAAAAAAAUUAGACCGUUUCAUCUAUGUUUUCACUUGAAAAGACUGAUGUCAUAGGCUAUUUCUGAUCUUGAAUGGAGACAUUUACAAGAGCUAAGUCUGCGUUACUUGUAGAACAAACAAUCAAGUACUUCAAGAAAACAUCGCCGGAGAAGUGACGUCUAUGAUAAAAUAUCACUGAGGUGGUCAUUUCUCUGGCUGGAAAAACUGAAGCACUCAUAAGUUUCUUAAGUGUACAUAUAAACCAUGUAAUUAUACUGAAUAUGCGUGAAUAGACUAGUAAAUUGCAGAGCUUUACUCUUAAACUUAAAAGAGAACAUUCAAGACGAUAUAUUGUCCACACUCAGUCCGUAAAACAUAGAUACAGGUAUAAUUAAGUCUCUGUUUGUGGUACGAUCUGUACAAACAUGUUAUCGCCCGCCAUUGAUGUUUUCAGCACCCGGUCAGUAACACGGCUAUUUAUAAUUAUUAAUAAUAUUAUUUUAUGCUCCCAGUUCAACUGGCUAUGGAAGGAAAUGCAUCGCAUAUGUUUUACCGUCCUAACAAGGCUUUCAUUGUGUAGUUAGUCGUAGGAUCAACUUAAGUCAAUUAUCAUUUUGUAAUUUUGUUCUCAAGGUGACGAUUUGUAUAAGAAUAAACACUUUCCCUCAAAAAGGUCGCACUUGAGUUUUUAUUCAACAAGCUUCGAUUAUCACAUAGAUGUCGAGCCAUUAUCGUAUUCUUAAGUGUCAAAGGUGUUCAUUUAACUUCAUUUGAAGUGUUUGUUGAAAGUGAUUGAUACAAGGCGGUGAGAACAGAGGAAACCGUUGCCUCGAGUCAUGUUUUCAAAAUGUGGCUUCCAUUAUGUUCGAUGUUUACAAACAAGGAAACUAAACCAAAACAUUUUCAACCACUACCAAGGUCGACAUUCAUCUUGGCUAAAGAAGUGUUUACAUGUUUACAAAAUGUACGGUCAUGUUGACAUUGCCGUUUCAAAUAAAGCUAAAUAAUUACUUAACACCGGCCUCGAAACACAAUGGUGUCGGCGAUGGAACUCCUGACUCAAACAAAGGCUCUUUUCUUAAGAUCUAUUGCUUGAGGUUGAAUAAACGAAAAUAAACACUC